CAGUUCAUGUUAUUGUUCUUUUCUGCCACAUUGAUUGAGAAAUAAUGCACUUUACUCGAAAAUAUGCAUACCAGACAGUUUUGGCAAUUGCAGCAACAUUAUCCAUCAUUUCUGUAAUAACAAUUUUCAUGACAUUCCCAUGUUUCUACACUUAUUUUGCAAGGGUAAAAAUGGAUUUGCAACAUGAAAUGAAGUUUUGCAAGAAAUCUGCCGAAAAAGUGUUCUACUUUGUUAAUGAAGUAGGAUACUUUGAUCGAAAAAGAGAAAUGAGUCUUGAUAUUUCACAAUGCCAAGUUAAAAAUCCAAGAAGUUUCCUGUUGGAGUGACUACAUUAUUUUGUUUUACCCAUAAUGAAUCUACCAAAUAAAAUAUGAAAUUAAAAUGUUUCGUUUAACAGCUUUUGUAGACUGUCAUUUCAAACAAGAAAUUGAUUAUCAUCAGAUUCUGAAUUAUUUCUAUUUUUCCACUUGUAAUAUAAAAGUUUU